CCCGCAGGGUUUCCUCAGGCGUCGUCUGACAGUGUGACAUUACAGUCGUUGUGACGCCACCGGACACUGAGGACCGACUGACUGACAGUUGGCGCCCGGCUCCGGGUUCGUCCCUGACUAGAUAUUUAUUGGGUUGGUUGUCGGCUCGGCUCCUCGCCUGGUUACCACAACUGAGGCGGUGCUUGGCGGCUCCGUCGCAGUUGCACGCAGUUGCACGCAGCUGCCAGCACAGGGAUCCUCGCCACGACCCGCUCACAGACCCGAGCCGGUCCUCCUCCUCCUCCUCCUCCUCCCGGGGCACUUUUAAACCUCCGCGGAUUACUUGUGUCGGACGAAUAUGGCCGACACGUUGAGGAGGCUGACCAACACAUCUUCCUUCAGCGUCCUUCAGGACAAGCUCGAGAUCUGGCACAGGGAUUACCAUGUCAUUUCCUGCGACCAGAAUCUGAAUAGAUGUUGCGAGCUGAUUGAAUUGACCGCCAAGAUCCAAGGCCAACUGUUUGCUAUCCUCAACCUCACAGCUGCUGAGGGUGGACACUAUGCCGGAGUGGACACUCUCAAGACACGCCUGCUGCCGUGGCUCGGAACCUGUUUCUCGAUGUCAAAGCCAUCGGUCACUGAUGACACCAGUCUACAGCUCAUCCAGGACUCGGUGGAGAAGGACCGGAGGAUCAGGGAGCUCUCUGCCUCCCAUGGCAACGACAUGCAGAAGAUGGAGACUCAGCUGUGCUCCACUCGCAUGCAGCUGGACUCGGUCCGAGCAGAACUGGUCGUUGCUCACACGGAACUGGAUGACACGAAGAGCAAAUCAACAACGACCCUGCUGGCCACUGAAGCACUGAAAGCAGAUUUGCGAUCUGCACAUGAGCAGGUGGAGAUCUAUAAGAGGAAGCUGGAGUCGCUUGGCGACUACGAGCGUCAGAUUCGCCUGCUGAGAGAUGAGGUGUCCAUCCUGAGCACAGAGAAGGCCAUGCUGCAGGAGAGGCUGGUGAGGAGUCGUUCUCCGAGCCCCUUGCCCAGACUCAGCCGCUCCUCCAGCCCCAUGAGGAGCGAGUCGCCCACCAGGGCCCAGCUCACCAACUCCUCCCGCCACGCACGCCUCGUAUCUCGCUUCAGUGACCUGUACGCUGUGGAGCGUCUGGAGGCCCAGAGCCUGCUUCGACGCUACAUCACUGAUUUAGAGAUGGUCCAGAAGAUCAUCUUCAUCGCUGUCGUGGAAUCCUUUAAGACAGCAAAACUGGCCUACCGUCAGUUCAAGCUGCGUGUGAGAAAGACCUUGUCCCCAUCCCACUUUGGACCAGAGAGUCUAGAGGAUGCGGCGGUGGACUACAUUGUCAGAAAUUUGGACCUAUAUGAUGUACAGGACAGCGUCAAUGGUGUGAUCAACGCCAUGAAUGUGAACCCGCGCAUCUCCUUCCCACCAGAAGUGGACUUUGUCCUGAUCAGUGCCUUGAUCAGGGAGACGUGCAGGGUGGCCUUUGCCAUGCAGACUCUGGACCCCGCGCUCGACUUGGCCUUCACCAGUGAUGGAGAACUUUACAAUGACCACAAGUACCGUCGUAGCUAUGACUCGGAGUUCACUGCUCCUCUGGUCAUGUACCAUGUGUGGCCGGCCCUGGUGGAGGGAAACGCAGUAAUAGUGAAGGGCGAGGCUUUGACGAGCAGAGGCGCUCCGUGGAGUAGAAGCCAAAGCCGGAGCAGGAGUGCCAGCCCCGUGCGCUCUCGCUCUCUCAGCCCAACGCGCAGUCUUGCAUUUAACAGCAAAAGAAGCCUGUCUCCUGAGCGCCUCACUGCUAGCCACCUGUGAACUCUGACCUCUCCUCUUCAAGUGACAGGACUCUACACCUGAACUGCACCUAUGUCUGCUGACACCAAAUAAAGCAGAGGAAAUCUUGGCUACUGUCCCGUUCCGACCAAAGGCUGCUCAGAGUUUACAUUGUCAGAGGGCAGAUUCACUGGACACUGACAGUGACCAGGGGUCUGUAGAUUGUAGAUGAAGUGAAGUAGUUGGCAGUUAACUGAACAGUUGUCUAGCGUGCUAUAUUCAACGUGUGACUAGGUUUCUAGAAACUAACAGGGUUUUAGUGAUUGUCAGAAUUUUUGUCAGAGGAAAACUAGACCUGCACAGUAGCACUUCCUUGGUCCGACAGCGAACCAUAGCAGCUGCAUUCGAAAUUCAGCGCUCCCCUUUUCUCUCUCCAAAAGUCUAAAUCUGUGUAGCAGAAUAUUUUCCCAAUGCAGGACACAUGGUGCUAAUGAUCGGUACUAACUUCAGGUCCUCCAGUACUUGAGUUAGUCGAUGCUGUUUUACUCCCUUUAGUCUGUGCUGUGUCUCGUUGCCUCUUCUCAUUUGAAUUUUUUGGUGCUGUUUUAUAUUUGGAUAAUUAAUAUUAGAUGUGUCACACAGAAAUAGAUGAUUAUGCUUUUAAAAUGAUUUUUUAUAAAUCAGAUUUUUCCAAAUAGUUUCCAUUAUGUACAAGAAUUGGACUAGAACUUGAUUAGUUAUUUGACGGAUGCCUUCAAUGAUUCUUUUUUUUUUAAAGAAUAAAUGACAGAAUGUUAAAUUUCAAGUUUCCAGUUUUUUGAUUAUAGAUUCGUUUGUAGGAGCAAUACCAGCACGGCAGCAAUACCUCUCAGUACCUUUAAUCAUGCUGCUCAAGUUGGAA